AUGACUGUUAAUAUCGACGCCAAACAGCUUCAAGACAUCCAGAAAAGGCCAUCUCCAUGGAAAGCCAUCGUCUCUUACACCAAUAUUCUGUUCGAGCAGACCAUGUCAAUCGAAGGAGGCUGUGGCUAUCUUGGUUUCCUUUUCCUCAUCCUAAAUGGUCUAUUUUUCUUCGUUUUCGGAUUAGUUGUUGGGACAGUCGAGAUCCUCGUGGCUGAGUACUGCCCUGAAUACUUUAGCCUAGACUAUGACAACGACGACAAAUUAUCAGGCCUCGAAGCCGAAGUCGAAACUGAAGAGGAGGACCUAGAACUGUACUUCAGCGUCCCCGAUGAAAAUUUUACCUCCAUCACCAAUGUCGCUGGCACCUGUGUCUCCUGCUCGCUGCCUAUCAGAGGCAAGCCACUACAGACCUGUAUGGAGUGCAACGGCCUCAGUUGCCAAGGGUGCCUCCGCACAUUCUUCAUUCUCGCUACCCAGAACGAAGAGUGCAUGCCACCUCGUUGCUGCGGAAUGGCUAUCCCCCUCGCCUUAGGUCGACAAAUGCUUACAGGUGCCGAGGUGGAGACGUUCAAAGAGAAGCACGAGGAAUGGAAUACGGCGGAGCGGCGCUAUUGUCCUGUUCCUGCGUGCUCGGCUUUCUUGACCCCGCGGCUUUUUAUGGGGCUGCGUGCGUCUGUGUCAUCGAUGCAGGAGGACGAGGGAUCUGUUAUCAACUGCCCUGAGUGUGGUGUUGAUAUCUGCACCACUUGUAUUCAGGUGGCUCAUAAAAAGCGGGUAUGUGAUAGUGACGAUAGUAUCACACCAGAAUUAGACCAAGCUCUAAAGGAUAUCGGUGCAAAGCGGUGCCCGAAGUGUCGCACGGCGGUGGAAAAAGUCGACGCUGUAUGUAAUAGCAUGCGCUGCCGCUGCGGCGCGAACUGGUGCUGGUACUGUUUCCGGGACGUGGAGGCAUGCGAAGGAUGGCCAUGCAACACCGUACAGGGGCAACUUGGCUGCCUCGAACAUGAAGGCGAGGUUUGUUCGACAUCGGGCGAGGACGAGAAUGGCCUUGGGACUCCGCAUACCACGGACAGCGAAGACGAGGCAGCCAACUGCAUAGAUUACAACGACAGGAUAGAAGCGUACAUCAUUAAAGAUACAAAGCGCAUUGUCCCAUUUAACUGUCUGCACGGGUGGCGUCCUGUUGAGCACUGGGAGUUCGAUAUCGAGUUGCAGUUUGAGUGUGAGUGCUGUUGGGGUCUAAUGCUCCUUUGUAUGAAGCCACCGGGAGUAUCACUUGCGUGUGUACAAACGGGUCGCUUUGCGACAAGGCCCAGAGAUAAGAUGAUUGCGGAUGGGUUGAACGAUAGUACCAUGUUUACCUGUGCUGUUUGUUCUUCGUUUGUAUGCAAUAAGUGUCGGAAGGAUAUUGAUGCGGGUGUUCGUGAUUUCUAA